UUAUAUAUUUAGACUUAUUUACAUAUUACGUAAAUAUAUAUAUCUCCAUAAAAAUUUUAAUGUAUUUUAUUUAAAUAUCUUCAAUUCACAAGAAUUUGUUACAAUACAGUAUUUUAUUUAACUUGUGCAUAUCUUUACCCACAUUUAUACCCACUAUACAGCUGCUAGCCUACCAGUUAACCAAUUAUACCUAACCAAUAAACGCGCACGUGGUUAUUUAGAAAUAUACAUAUGUAUCAAACGGUAAUUUAUUUCGUCAUAAAAAGUCAAUAACAGAUUUUUAAUAAGUUCUUUAUGAAUUUAUGAGACAAAUUGUGUACAUCUCAAACUGAAGCAAACACGACAGUGGAGACUUCAACACUUAGCAGUUUCAGGAAAUGUUGUAUUUUCUGACAACAGGAAGCAACUUCCUGAAAAUCAUUAGCUUGGUCAAACAAGUGGUCAAUAGCCGGCACAUAAGUUUGACGAGAAUGGCUAAAAGUAAAUUUGAAUAUGUGAAAGAAUUUGAACGUGAUGACAGUUGUUUGCCAAAUUGUUGGAUUGUGGUUAGAAUUGAUGGAAGGAAUUUUUCAAAAUUCUGUGAAGCGCAUCAAUUUACUAAACCGAAUGAUGUAGCUGCUUUGCAAUUAAUGAAUCGCGCGGCUAUUACGGUUAUGGAAGAUUUUAAAGAAAUCAUUCUAGGUUUUGGUCAAAGUGAUGAAUAUUCUUUUGUCUUUCGAAAAGACACUGAACUUUACAAACGAAGAGCUUCAAAAUUGAUGACAAAUGUGAAUUCUCUUUUUGCAUCAUCGUAUGUUUAUCAUUGGCCACGUUUCUUCCAAGGCAAGGAAUUAUAUUAUCCACCAUCUUUCGAUGCCCGUGUUGUAUUAUAUCCUACAGAUAAAAACUUAAGGGAUUAUUUAGCAUGGCGACAGGCUGAUGCUCAUGUAAACAAUUUAUAUAACACCUGCUUUUGGAAUCUUGUAUUAAAAGGAAAGCUAACUCCAACUCAGGCAGAAGGAAAACUUAGAGGUACAUUGGCAUCACAUAAGAACGAAUUACUUUUUCAAGAAUUUGGUAUAAAUUAUAAUAAUGAGCCACCACUUUUUCGAAAGGGUACUACACUUAUAAGGAAAUUAAUACCUGAUGGGACAGGCAGAUUAAAACCUGCAGUGGUUCCAUUGGUAGAUGAUAUUAUUGGAGACCGUUUCUGGAAAGAAAACCCGGAAGUACUCGGGUUAAAAAGCUUAGCAACUUAUCAACCUCCAAAUUUAGUAAAUAAUGUUAAUUCAAAUCCAAUUAGAACAACAAAACCACCAUCUCCAACCACGAACAUGAAACAUAUUAAUAACACUCCACCACCUCCAGUUGCUAAUGUGAAUUCUAUGAAAGAAGAAGUGCAUCCAGCAAGAAGCCGAGAAUCAGAUGGAGAAAGAAUGCAGUGUGAAAGUGAACGAAUUUGUAGAAGAUAAGAAGUGUUUUAUAUUUUUUUUAUAAUAAAUUUGAAAAACAUCCUAACGGAAAAUAAUGGAAGUUUAUUUCCAGUAAUAUUAAGAAUAUUUUAAUCGCGUUUUAUCUGAAGUGGUAGUAUUAUAAAAUGUUAAUUAUUAGUGAAAGAAUUACAAAGUACAGAAUUGAUAAUUCUGACUACAUUUAUGAUUCCUUUGUAAAUUCUUCACUUAAAAUUAAUUUUUAUCUUACUACUUUUUUAGAGAAAUUAUAUUUUUAUAUGAUAAAUUGCAUAUUUAUGUAUAUACGUGUACUUUCACAUACAUAUAUACACAUGUACAUAUAUAUGUAUAUGUUAUAAAAGUGUUUUAGAGAAAUGGAUACGUAUACAUAUAUAUUUGAAAAAAUAUUUUUCGUUAGGAUUUCAUAUUUUAAAACUUAUUCACUUUCAGUAUCGCAUUUUCUAAUAGCAAAAUAUUGUAUCAAUUAAUCUUAAAUUAUUUAUGAAAUGAAAGGCUGCUCUAGAGUAAAUGUACUAAGAUUUUUAUAAAAAAAUCUUGUUCAUAAACACAGAAGUAGUUUACUAAACCAUUUUGAAUUAAUUUCAGGUAUAAAAUUUUAUAAUUCUGCAUGUGUAUGUUUGUAAGUUCUAUAAUAAUCAGUUUGAAUAUUAUCGUAUGAUGGAUUAAUUUGAAUAUUAUUACACGAUCUAUUACAUUAAAUAUUGCUUCGUUAUUAGAAGAACAUGCAAAAUAUAAGUAUUCUAGAAAUAAAGGUAUUGUAAGUAUGUCGUUAGA